AUUGGAUCACACAUGCCCACCUAACUCAACAAUCCCCUGCCACUCAUUCACACAAAUAUCUCUUUUCUCUCUUUGGUUGGCCACACUCAUUCUUUGUUCUUGUCUUUUACAUUUUCUCUCAAUACAACACACACACACACACACACACUCCUCUCACUCACUCUCCCACCGGUACACUUCACACCUCCAUAUACACCAUAAUUUUUCCGACAAGAUCACCGAAAAAUCCUUAGGAAUCUCUAAGCAUCUUCAUCCCUUUUAUUUGAGUUUUUCACAAGCAAAGAUCAAUGCCUGGAACUUAAGAAGGGCGAUUUCUUCGAAGCUUUUAUCCCGUUCAUCCAAGGUCUCUCUCUAUGUUUAUUUUGAUAAACUUCAAGUUGUGGUGGUAUGGGUGUGGACUACUGGUAGUGGUUGGCUGGCAUUGACGACGUCAACGAUCUGUGGUGGUAGCGGUGUGGUUGGUGGUGAUGGUUAGUUGGCACAGACGUCGCCAACGAAGUGACUUCAAUAGCUUUGCCGGCUUUUUCUCAAUUGAGUGAAGCGUCAAUGGAAGGUGUUUCAAAGUUAUUCAGAACUUUCUGGAAGAGAUCAAAACCAAAACCAUCUUCACCUCUUCCUGAGGGAUUAUGCCAUCAAUUUUCACUGGCUGAGAUGAAGAUUGCUACCAAUAACUUCGAUGAUAAAUCACUAGUUGGUGAGGGUGGUUUUGGCAGAGUAUAUAAGGGGUUUAUUGAUGAUUGUAAUAGAACCGUUGCAACAAAAUGGUUGAAACUCAAGCCGGGACAGGACUUAAGGAAGAACUUAAGGACCGAGAUGGUGUUGCUUUGCCAGCUACACCACCCUAACCUCGUUCAACUCAUCAGAUAUUGUAUUGAUGAAGGCGUGGAUAUCGUCUACGAGUUCAUAGUCAAUGGAGACCUCUCCAGAAAACUCUUCCGCAAUGACCAUGAUCGCCUCUCGUGGAAGCAAAGACUAAAGAUUUGCGUUGGAGUAGCGCGUGCACUGCACUACCUUCACACUGGGGUCAAGCAAACUAUUAUCCACGGCGACGUGAAGCCAGCCAACAUUCUGUUAGACAGGAAUUGGGAGGCCAAGUUGUCAGAUUUCAGGAUGUCCAACAUGCUUCCCCCGGGUUUCAAAUUCAUGGCAAUCGGAGGGGAUACGGAUACUACGAUUUGCGGUACCUUCGGAUAUAUGGAUCCCCAAUAUGUCUUUAUGCAAAGGCUGACUGAUAAAAGCGACGUCCACUCUUUUGGUGUGGUACUGUUGGAAGUACUCUGUGGGAGAAAAGCAUUUGAAUUGAUGGAAGAGCCGCAUUUUCUUCCUGAGUGGGUCAAAAAAUGCAAACGAGAAGGGACCACCAAUAAGAUAAAUGAUCCGUAUCUGAUGGGGAAGAUAGCUCCAGAGUGUUUCAAGAUUUACGUCGGCAUUGCCAUUUCUUGUGUGCGAAUUAACGGAGAGGCUCGUCCCCACUGCCUUUAGACAACUUCAAUUGCUGUUCCAUUGGGGUUUGGACUGGGUUACACUCUGUCAUACCAGUUUCCUCAAGGACUUCUAAGGCAUACUUCCUCUGGGUUAAGCUGAUCCCACUCUUGUUUCUUGCAAUUUCUAAACCCAAGAAAUACUUGAGUGAUCCCAAAUCCUUAAUACCAAACUUUUGGUCUAAAACAUACUUGAGAGAGACAACACAAGCAUGAUCAUUGUCAGUGAUUACCAUAUCAUCAACAUAGACUAGUAGAGCAAUGAACAAAGACCUUUUGCUGUGCACAAAUAAGGAGUAAUCAGCCUGAGAUUGAACAAAACCAAGCUCCUUUAUUGUUGCUGACAGCUUAGCGUACCAUUGCCUUAAAGCUUGUCUAAAACCAUAAAGGGACUUAACCAAUUUAAUUACACACCCUAAGAGCAGUAGAAGAGGCUGAAACACACUCCCCCUUACUGUGAAAACCAGGUGGCAAUGUCAUAUAGACCUCUUCAUCCAAGUCUCCAUGCAAAAAAGCAUUGUUGAUAUCCAAUUGGCGCAAAGGCCACUGCUUGGCAGCAGCAAGAGCAAGCAAGACCCUCACUAAAACUAUUUUAGCAAUAGGAGAGAAGGUUUCAUGGAAAUCAAGACCUUCCCUUUGAGUAUACCCUUUAGCAACCAGCCUAGCUUUGAACCUCUCAACACUACCAUCAGGUUUAAGCUUGACUUUAUAAACCCAUUUGCAGCCAAUGGGUAGCUUAUUAGGAGGCAAGGUAGUCACAUCCCAAGUAUGAUUCUAUUCAAGGGCUUGGAUUUCUUUGUCUGUGGCAGCCCUCUAAAGUGGAUCUUGAACAGCUUGGGAAAAAUUGGUAGGUUAUUUGGGACCAGAACUAACAACCAGUAAAUAAGAAUGGUAGCAUGGCUCCAAAUAAGAAUAUGUAAGACAUUGAUCAAGAUCAUAAGGAGCACCAGGUGCAAUAGCAGUACAAGCAUAGUCCUGCAAAUAAGCAGGAGGUCUGACAUCCCUAGUGGACUUCCUUAAAGGCAUUGGAGGCACUGAAACAAUUGGCGAUGAUGAAGAAGGCACUUGAUCAAAAUGAGACAUCUGUAUAGGACUAGAAGAAGAAAUAGGAUCAAAAGGUAAAACAAUUGGAACAUCUUGAUGAGAAGAAGAAGGUGGAUCAGUAAAAUCCAAGGAAGAUGGAUCAGAAAUGCUGACAGGAGUAACAAAAUCAGCAACACCAGCUGAGCAGGAAGCUCCAACAUCAGAAGAUAGGAAAGGAUCUACAAUAUGAGGUGAAACAUAAGCAAAAGGGAAAUAAUUUUCAUGGAAAACCACAUCCCUAGAGAGGAACACCUUGUUAUUAGACAAAUCAAGAACUUUAUAUCCUUUAACCCUAAAAGGAUAUCCCAAGAAAACACACUUAACUGCUCUAGGGGCAAAUUUUGACCUA